AACACUUAUUAGAAACUACAUCUCCAAUGCUGCUUUACGCAAUUCUGAUGACGUUACAGGGACAUUUCCCGUAGUAACCUAACCUUUCCUGUCUGCCUGGUGGUGCGUUUGCGCCUCCUGUCUUGAAAGAGAGGUGAAGAGUUUACUUUCCACAGUUGAACGUUUGGUUUCGGUGUUCGUCUGGAGUAAAAGGGUUUUGCCGAGGCAGAAAAGCCCUUUUUUCACAGAGCCAAGAUGCUGAACAUGUGGAAGGUUAGGGAGUUGGUUGACAAAGCAACCAACGUGGUGAUGAACUACUCAGAGGUGGAGUCUAAAGUCAGAGAGGCCACCAAUGACGACCCCUGGGGACCAUCAGGACAACUGAUGAGUGAAAUUUCAAGAGCCACCUUCAUGUAUGAGCAGUUUCCAGAGGUGAUGAACAUGUUGUGGGCCCGCAUGCUGAGGGACAACAAGAAGAACUGGAGGAGAGUCUACAAGUCCCUGCUACUGCUGGCCCAUCUAAUCAGGAACGGAUCAGAGAGGGUUGUCACCAGUGCCAGAGAACAUCUCUAUGACCUGAGAUCGUUAGAAAGCUACCACUUCGUAGAUGAGAAUGGGAAGGACCAAGGCGUGAAUGUGCGUCAGAAGGUGAAGGAGAUGGUGGAGUUUGUCCAGGAUGAUGACAGGCUGAGGGAAGAAAGGAAAAAGGCAAAGAAGACCAAAGACAAAUACAUUGGAGUAUCCUCUGACAGCAUGGGAUACAGAAGUUACUCGGGGGACAGGUAUGACUCCAGCGAUAGCCGGGGAAAGUGGGAUGAUGACUGGGAAAGGAAUAAAGGGCAGUUCCCCUUCAGCGAGAAGUUGGGAGAAAUCAGCGACAAAAUCGGCAGCACCAUUGACGAUACCAUCAGCAGGUUUAGGAAGAAGGAUAGAGACGACUCACCAGACCGAUUUAGUGACAAUGAGGAGGACAGAGGCCGCUCCUCUCACAAUGGCCAAUCAGGUAAGGAGUUCAAAGAUGAAGAGGAGACUGUUACCACCAAGAGUGUACAAAUAGUCCAAGCAACAGAGACUACAGCAACACGGAAGAGAGGAGGUGUCCCAUCUAGGAAAGUGGACUUGGGGGCUGCAGCCCAGUACACAGGAGACAAGAGCCCAGACACCACCACCAAACAGCCCCAGUCAGCCACCCCUCAGCCAUCCAGUGCCGGCCUAGCUGACCUGCUAAUGGUGGACACAACACCUAGCCAGCCUGCUGCUACAGACCUGAUCUCUGGAUUUGCUGAUUUCUCCUCAUCUGCUGCUUCUGCCAGCCUCUCCUCGGGAUCUGCGGCGCCAGCCUCUAGCAGCAAUGGAGACUUUGGAGAGUGGAAUGCCUUCCCUGGAGGUCAGAUGCCAGCAUCUGCUCAGUCUGUCGACACCAGUGGAAAUGACCUUUUUGGAGCCAUGACAGCAGGUCCUGCCACUGCCCCCGCCCCUGCCCCAGUGUCAGCUCCAGCCUCAGGUCCUGCCUCAGCAGACCUGUUUGACUUGAUGGGGCCAACUCAGACCCUCACCUCCUCCCAGAGCCUAAACUUUAGCAUGAGCAGCACACAGAGCAUGAGCACCACAGUCCUGCCCCAGUCUAUGUCACAGCCCCUCCAGAACAUGGGGGGCCCUCUACAACCGCAAUCUGCGCAGUCCCUCCAGCCUGUGCAGCAGGGAGUGGCUUCUCAGGGUGCUGGAGCCAAAGCGUCCCUCCCUUCCACCUGGUCAGACCACUCUGUUAACAUCAGCCUGGACUUCCUGGGCCCAGGCAUGCAGGCCCCCAAGCCUAGCCAGCCCAGCCUCAACACCCUCCAACAUGGCAACCAAGCACCUGCCAACAUGCUUUCCCAGGGAUUUUCCAGUAUGAGCCUUGGAACUACAACAGUCAGACCGCCCGUAAAUCCUAUGAUGCACCCUGGUGCUGGCAUGGGAAUGGGAAUGGGGAUGGGAAUGGGGAUGGCCCCCAACCAGGGCAUGAUGGGGAUGGGCAUGAACAUGGGGAUGCCACAGGGAGGUAUGACCAUGGGCAUGCCUGGUGCUAUGGGAAUGGGGAUGGGGAUGGGGAUGAACCCUGCAAUGGUCCAACAGCCCAAACAGGAUGCCUUUGCUGACUUCGGCAACUUUGGGAAGUGAUGGAGCUGGAGAGCAAAGAUUAUCAGGAGGCGUGGUGUCUCUCUCUCUCUCCGUCCAUUGGUGAAGGAUUGUUAUGAGCUGCAAACAAAGAGUACUUGAAUAAUGUCAACUAUCAUAAUACCAACACCCUGCAAUCUCCUUAUUUUUAAAAGUAAUGCUGUGUAGUGAUAUGGAUCUAAAUGAAUGUGUGUGUCUGUUGUUCGAACCAAUGAUCUGUCUAGUCUGGGGUGGCGGUCAGGCAGACGCACUAUUAAUUGUGUGCCUUGUUGGUUAGUUAUGAGACGGUGAGAAGAAGGAAGUGCGUGCCUCUGCGAGAAUAUCAGGGGUGUUUGCUUUUAUAACCUCAAUCAAUGAAAUCACCAGAAUAGCAAAAAAAUAUAUAUAUAUAUCAGUAGCUGCAUAAUUUUUUGAGAUGCUUUCUCAGUAACUUUACUGAAUGAUGAGUUUUGAUAACAUGAUCAGCCAUUUUAACUUUCUAAUGUACAUUUACGACUGUCAAGUUACCUCUUAUUUGUCCUCGUUCUUCCUUUGGCCUGUAAAUAGAAAUCUGAAGCCUUACAAAUAACUUAUGAAGUUCCUAUAUGAGAGGCAGUGACAUUGUGAAGAGUUGUAUCAUACAGACCAACCCUGAUAUGAAUUAAGACCUAUACGAAGCACAUUGACACCUUCUCUUUGUACAUAAGCGUCCAAACACUCCAAAUGUGGCCUGUACUACAAAGUAACGAAUGAGUGUUUGGCAUGAAAGCUAUUGAUUAAUUUGUGGAGUUUUUCCAUUAAUAACCAUCAUUUGUGGCCUUUCUUAUUGGUAUAUAUAUAUCUAUAUUUUACUUAUGAAGAAAAGUAUAAUCAGUUUGCAUCAAAUGAGAUAAUCAGUAGGUAGAAAAGCCUCAUACAGGGUUGUUUUUUUUUCCAUUAUAGCGCAGUGCCUGGAAGACCUUUGUCUCCUCUUCAGUUCUAACUUCUUUAAAUGAGACAAUGUGACUGUGCAGUGUUGAGGACUGCUACGGCACGUAGCUUCUGUACUAUGUACAAACAUACGGUAUGUUUGUACUUGUGCCUCAAGCCAAGUGUAUUGGUCUGUACAGAUAUCAAAUGCAGUUGUAAAAAUGAUUUCACUUAUUCUGUUUUGUUUGUCCCUUGCACAUUUCUAUCCUCCUAAUCUCUUCAGGCCAGUGAUACCUUCAGUGCUCCGAAAAACACCUGAGAUGAAAACGUACUGAGCUCAACUUAAUUCCUCAAGCGUCAAUGCAGACUGUUAAGAUUGCAUCAUGCAUUUAUCUGUUAUGUGUUCAAUGUUCACUGGUGCGUCCCAGUAAAUACUGCCUUCUCACUUUCAUUAAUGUUACACUUUAAAAACAGCACUCUUGAAAAACACUGUUGCUGUCAUAAGCGUUCGCAAGUCCAGGUUUUGCAAUUUAUCAGGUACAGAAUCUCGUGUGAGAGGAAGCACUUUUACCAGUUGGGGUGCAGUUUGUGUACACCUAGUAUGUUAUAGUAGUCGGAUUAACUGAUCUGUUAGAUAUACAAACCACUGAUCUUCAGUGGUUCAAGUGCCUGCUGACGGUUGCCUCCUCACCCUUGUAAUGAUUGAUAAUAAGUACAUCUUGCUUACUGGACAUUUUUGGAAUGUCAAUGAUGAGAUAAAUAAUUCACUGACCAGAGGAGAAGGCAGUGGAUCCUGCAGCCCCCAAGAGAAUUGAAGUUGUGUUUUCCCUCUCUCCCAAGGGCUCAAGAGGCUCAGCACGCUUACACAUAGUAGCCUUGCAUCGGAGUCUGAAGCAUUAAAAUGACCAAAAUCUGUUGCUGUGUAAUUUAACAGUAGAAGUUAUUUUAUGCCUUUUGUUUUCUACUUCAAAUUAUUUUGAUCUUCUCUAAGAUGGGAUUGUUACUGAAACACUAGUAUAUGCAAAUGUUUAAAAAAAAAGAAAAGAAAAGCAAUGAAAAUCCUCUGAGAAAAUGAAUUUUUGCAUUAUUCCCAUUUUGACUUGAUUUACACAUUGAGAUUGUUUAUCUACAACAUUAAACAGUUGAUUGAGA